CGAGGGAGCGCUGAGGGGCGCGACCGGCCCGGCCCGGCCCGGCCCCCGUGCCCUCCCUUCCCGUCCCUGCCGUGUGCCGCUCACAGCCCGGCCGCGGUUCCUCCGCGCUCCCCGGUCGACGGCUCCCGGCAAAUGGCGGCUCCGCUGUUCGCUCCUCGCCAGCCGCGUGAGAAACCCUCAGGGCUCGCUCUCCGUCAGGGUAUCGAACAGACGGUGCCCCUUCCCGGGAGCGAGCUCCCCGCUGCGGAGCUGUGGGUGCUGGGCUCUUGCUGGGCUGUGCGGCAGCGGGCAUGGGGGAACCGGCCCGGCAGGGCUGCCCCUGAGCCCGUUCCCAGCCGCGGAGCGGGGCCGGGGGCUCGGAGCGGCCUCCCUGAGCGCACUGGGCUGAGGGUGAGGGCGCUCACAGGGCACGGCCGCUGCCUGCCUGCCUGCUAAGGGAGCGCACGGCUGUGAGGUAUUGCCCCUCAUCCUGCGGGAUAACACGUUAGCCCCACCUGGGAUUCUGCAUCGCGGUACUCGAGCUCCCGGGAUGCAGGGAGCUCUUUUGGGCGGCCAGCACCUGUCUAAAGCACUGCUGCUUGGGGAAUGGAGCCUGCGCGGUGUAGGAGGGACCUGAUGGGAUCUCUUGUCUUGGUGUAGGAACAAUCCCUGGUGCCCCGCCGGGACCGUCCCUGCUCAGCCAACAGGAGGUGCCACGCGUGGACUUUCCGUGGCGCAGUUUCUUUCCCCCUGGGAGUUCGGACUGGAUAGAACUCGGCCUUUUUCCCGGGACUGCCACCAACACAGAAUUCUGGUCCUCCCCGCCGCCUGGAAAGAGCUCUCUGUGCCCAUGGAUGCCAUCCUGAACUGCAACCCGGAGGAGCUGGAGGAUUACUACAACUUGCUGGGAUGCGAUGAGCUAUCGACGGUUGAACAGAUUCUUGCCGAAUAUAAGAUUAAAGCCCUCGAAUGUCAUCCUGACAAGCAUCCUGGAAACCCCAAAGCAGUGGAGAAUUUCCAGAAGCUUCAGCAAGCCAAAGAGACUCUGACUAACGAAGAGAGCCGGGCACGUUAUGAUUUCUGGCGCCGGAGCAAAGUCUCCAUCCCGUUCCAGCAGUGGGAGGCCCUGAGCAGCUCUGUGAAAACGUCAAUGCACUGGGCUGUCCAAAGUAAGAAGGACCAAAUGCUGGAAGCUCCUGACUUUGGCAAUCCCAACAACAUGACCAAUGAGAUGUGGACCCAACAGACAGGAGAUGGAUUGCUGGAAGGGAGCAGGGAGCAGGAAGAUGUUGCAAUUCCUGAUGUGCAACCAGAGUCUUCAAAGAACCCAGACUCCCCAAGAUUUUCAGAGGGGAAUUACUGGCACUUGCGUUUCCGCUGGUCCGGUGAUGCUCCGUCAGACCUUCUGAGGAAAUUCAGAAACUAUGAGAUCUGAAAUGAGGAACACACAGGAGCAUGAGAUCAGCUGUUCAACAGUUCAGUAUUUUUUUUUUUUUUUUGCCAGCAGUUAUAAGUUAUUUGUCUUUUGUAUUCUCUGAUUGUAGUGUGUUGUUCCAGCCAAUGUCUAAAUACUGGUUUAUCACACAUGCUGUGAGCGUUACAGAUCGAGGUUUUUCUGUUCAGUAAGCAAAGCCUUUUCCAGUGUUAACAUUAAGUGAUUUUGUGAAGUUAUCAAACAUCUUAUAUAUUGUUUCUUGUAUUCUCAAAUAUUAUGUAGUGAAGAAUACUUCUCUCCAUAGUGUGAAGUUAUAAAAAACAUACUCUCAGUAGAGCCCUGGGCUCCAGGGUAUCCUACUCAGCGAGGAUCUUCUGAAAGCUUUAUGACAAUGGACUGUAAACAGAACUGUGCUUAUGUCUCAACACUGCUCUGCUUCACAUCUCCAUUGCAUUGUACUCACUGCAGUGAUUUAUAAUGUACCCAUUACAAACUUGUAGGAGAGUUGUGAUCUGAUGUUAUAGAUGAAAUAAGAAGGUUCUUGUUACCCAAGGUCUCUGACAGAUCAAGCACUCCUAAAAAUCACUCGUCUUCUACCUUAACAAGAACACUUUUUACACCAGCUAUUUGUUUUGGAAGGCAGUUCCAGAACUUCUCCAGAUAGCAAUUUUUGUCUUAAGAUGUAUUGGUGGAAAACUGAAGCCCUGUGUAUGUGUGCCAGCAUUGUCCUGUGGCGUCACAGCACUUCCCCUCCCUGCUCAGGUGUGCUAGACAUGGUUUAAUCAGGGUUUUGUAUGGCGAGGAAUGAAAAAUCAGAAUAGUCAGCACUAACGUGUACAAAAUCUCACAUGAAAAGUUUUUGAUCCUUUGGGCACCUUUUCAAAUUCUACAUUGUUGUUUAUUUAUUUUGUGUUUGUUUUCUUCUUUGCAAACUUGGCUAAUAUGUCAGCUGUUGACUUUGUGGUUUUGUGCAGGCAAAUGAUUCCAUCAGCAGCAAAUAAAACUUCGUGCAUACAGAAAA